AUGUCUCAACCACUGGCCCCGCGACCCUCCCAAGGUCUCGAUGGCUCAAUCAACCCCCCAAAUUCUUUGAAACCGCGCAAGAUCUCGACAGCUUGUGGGGCGUGUAAGCAGAGAAAAACACGAUGUACCGGCGGUAAUCCUUGUGAAGCUUGCGCGAGCAGGAAAAGCCCUUGCGUGUACGAUGCAACUUCCGACCAACGACGAAAAAUCGCCAAUCAGCGAAAUGUGCAAGAACUUGCCGACACCCAAGUGCAACUGGAGAGACAUCGACAGCUCCUUGGGGGUAUCCUUGCAAUUGUAAAGGCUGGGGAUGCCAACGCCAACGAGGACCUGGCUCGCGUCAUACGCUCCGGUGUAGACCUCUCUCAGCUAGCAGCACAUGUGAGAAACGAGUGUCGUGCGAACACAUCAAUACAGGUGGCCUUUGACAAAAUCGACUUUACCAUCGACGGACCUAUGGAACUUCCAUCUCCCAGCCAGAUCCUUGGCCGCGAGAUCUCCCGUGGCGAUUCGGGGACCGCAUUUAUGUCGCCAAUCGAGAAGUCGGAGUCAAACAGCGACGUUACGAUGCAUUCGGUCGAUCAACAUCCUGAUCGGAGCACAGAAGGGCGAGAACCAUGA